AUGGCGAGCGUGCUAGGAGGCCCGUUACCUGCGACACUCUGGGGUUGUACUAUGUUCAUUUCCUUCAUGUUCCAGUAUCGAAACGCUUAUAUAGGUAUAUCCAGCCCUGGUAAGUUGGGCUGUGGUUACAUUUAUGUCUCGGAAAGGGAUAAGGUCGAUAAUGGCGGCUGAGGUGGAGGUGGAGCUGGAGGGAGGCAAUGAGUACCCAGCGCAUUACAAAGUCAUGAUGGACAAACUUAAUGAACAACGGCAGCUGGACCAGUUCACAGACAUUACCUUGAUUGUGGAUGGACAUCAGUUCAGAGCCCAUAAAGCAGUGUUGGCAGCAUGCAGUCAGUUUUUCCACAAGUUCUUCCAGGAUUUUACCCAGGAGCCACUGGUGGAGAUAGAAGGAGUGAGUAACACGGCCUUCCGCCAGCUGAUGGAGUUCACUUACACAGCAACACUGGUCAUAGUCGGAGAAGAGGAGGCCUUUGAUGUCUGGAAGGCGGCUGAAUAUCUUCAGAUGCAGGAAGCCAUCAAAGCGCUCAGCAAUAAGAUAAAUGAGAAUCCCUCACUGACGGCAAAGAGCAAAGGCAAAAAGAGGAAGAUUGCUGAGACGUCUAAUGUGAUCACAGAGAGCCUACCCUCAGUAGAAGGGGAACAGGUCAGUAUGUGCGUGGCGGUGUGUUGUGGAACUGGAAGCGUGUUCUUGUUGGGACUGACUGUUUUCAAUGUCCUCCAGGUGGAGAUUGAGGUGAUUGGAGAAGGGGCCAUUGAGGUGGAGGAGACCGGACUGGAGGAGGUGGUCGAUGCAGCCAAGAAUGCUCAGGAGUCGUCGGAUGACUCUGCUUUGGCUCUUCUUGCUGACAUAACCAGCAAAUACCAGCAAGGAGAACCUACGCUACAGGUCGUUAAGAAGGAAGGAAUAGAAGAGGAGGUGGUGUAUCAGGAGGAGACCGUCACUGCCUCCAAGGUGCUGGAGAACGUCGAGGUUGUAGAGGUCCAGAUUUCCCAAGUAGACAACAUGUUCCGCUGCAACAAGUGUGACCGCAGCUUCAAGUUGUACUACCACCUCAAACAGCACUUGAAAACGCACCUGGGCUUGCUGGAAAAACCCCACGUGUGCAGCCACUGCGGGAGAGCCUACACGCGGGAGGGCGCCUUGAAACAGCACAUCAGCACAUUUCAUUUUGAUGCAGAAGAGCUGUCUCGAAACCAGAAACCCCAAAAGAAAGUGCACGUCUGUGAAUACUGUAAAAAGCACUUUGACCACUUUGGCCACUUUAAGGAGCAUUUGCGUAAGCACACAGGUGAAAAACCGUAUGAGUGUCCAGAUUGCCAUGAGCGAUUUGCAAGGAACAGCACACUGAAGUGCCAUAUGGCAGCCUGUCAGAACGGGGCUGGAGCCAAGAAGGGACGCAAGAAACUCUAUGAAUGCCAGGUCUGCAGCAGUGUCUUCAACAGCUGGGACCAGUUCAAAGACCAUCUUGUGAGCCACACUGGCGACAAGCCCAACCACUGCACAAUGUGUGACAUGUGGUUCACCCACCCUAAAGAACUAAAGGCCCACCUCAAACAAGUCCAUUCCAUUGAGGACACCAAGUCAACUGAAGAGCUGGUCAUCACUGACUCUGCCGCCACCGCCGCCCUCGCCAUUGCAACACAGAGCAUAGAAGGAUCCGACACAGUCCUGCUGGAUGAUGGAAUCCAGGUGGAACACGUCACAGUGGAGCCUGUGGAUGUGAUGGAGAUGGGGGAGACCGCAACAGUCGUGAUGGAGGACGGAGGGGUGACGGAGAUGUGCGAAGAGGACGUGGAGAGAUUAAAGCAGGCCGGGGUGCAGAUCCAGGUGGUGCACGUGACCACGACUGAAGUUGACGGGCAGCAGGUGGUGAACUCUCAGGUGGAGGUAGAGAUGGAGGGGGAAAUGGUGAGCGUUGAGGAGACGGAACAAGCCUUCGUAUGAGAAUGUGAAAAGGACUUGUAAAGGACUUGCUGACACUUUGAGUCACAAGCAGCUGCAUGGUCAUGUAGCUGAUGUAUUUCCAAAAAGAACACUGCAUGUGGGAUACAGCAUGUAGCCUAAAAAUGUCCUGCUGGCCGCCAUUGCAUUGAACGACUCUGUUUCCACCACCUCUCACUCUUUGAACUCUGAGAUAUGGAGAGUGACAGAGACAUAAAAUUAAUGAUCCUGUAUUUAUUUCAGAGCUGUUUGCCAUUACAUCGUGUACUCUUAAUGACUCUACAGUGCUUCAUCAGUCAAUUUUUAUGCUUUUUUUUUUUAUUUGUGUCCUUAUUUUAUUCAGAUUUCUAUUAUGUUCUCUCCAUUUGAGUCACUUGCCAAGACAAUUUGACGAUGAAUGAAAUGUUUUUGUUGCAGCUCAUUAGACAGCGUAUGUGUGGUGCUGACGAUCCUCAGUGUUAAUGCUACAGUUUUAUUCAAGCUCAUUUUUCAUAUUGACUUUUGGUGUUUUUGUAGGAAAAACCGAUACGGAAUAAACUGGUUUCCAGACUGGGUUACAGGUCUUACAUUAAUCUACUGAAUUCCUGAUUAUCUUUAGAGCAUCUCAGGGUAUAUAGAUGUAUGAAUGCUGUUGAUGUUAAACCUGCUCUGUAUCUGUUGGAUGUGUAAAUAGACAAGUGUUUUGCUUAGCCUUGGCUUUUGCCCCUGUCAUUUCAUAAGCAAGACUAGUCAGCCACAACAUUAAAACCACUGACAGGUGAACAUAGA